UGUGUGUGUGUGUGAAAGAAGCCUUACAAAAACAUUAAAAGGUCAUUACAGAAUCUCCCCAAAAUAGGCGUCUCUCUACAUGAAAAUAACGGUUGAAAGCUUAUCACCGUACCCACCGAGCUACCCGGCUGCUCACAGCCGUUGCCUCUCCAGCCCUGCAGAUACCCACCCCUUCGGUCCCACAGCCGGCUCGCGGGCAUAAAAGCCUGGCGUCACCAGCUCGGGACACACAGGUGAGAGGUGCCGCGAUGGACGGGAGGCAGACAGCUCGGAUAGUGCUGCUGCUGCUGGGGGCCUGCACCCUUGCCUGCGCCCAGCAGAUCAAACUACAGGCCAUAGAAUGUCCCUUUCCAGAGGGACAGUCUGUGCUGUCGGAGGCAGAAUGCGGCAAAUACACGGCCUGCGAGUGGACUGACGGGCGCUGCCACAUGGUUAAUAACGGGCUUGGUGGCUAUGUGGUGGACGGUGACCCUCAAGAUACAGCGAGAGGAUUCAAGGUCUCCCUUCGGAAGAGUGACCCCACUGUGACCAUGUUCGGCCAGGAUUUGAACAACCUGAUCUUCGAGGUCAUCUACCACGAGAACUACCACAUACAGAUCAAGAUCUACAGCGCCACCAAGGCCCGCUACGAGGUGCCGGUGCCGCUUAUUCUCCCCGAGGCUGCCUCCAACGACACGGGCUUCUCGGUGGGAGUGGCUGCCAACGGCGACUCCUUCCACUUCAACGUGACCAGGGCCUCCAACGGGAACGUGGUGUUCCGCACAGCGGGACCACUUACCUUCGAGGACCAGUUCAUUCAAAUUCACACCUGGCUGGCAUCAUCUUACCUCUAUGGCUUCGGCGAGAGCACUCAUGUGAACUUCAGGCACACGUUCGAGCCCCGCAGCACCUUCCCCAUCUUCGCCAGGGACCAGGUUGUUGGCACGGAGCCGAUGAAUGAGUAUGGUCAUCACCCUUACUACAUGGUUAUGGAGGACGAUGAAGGCAACUCCCAUUCCGUCCUGCUCUAUAACUCCAACGCUAUGGGUAAGGGAGCUGUUAUAAUUAUUUUAUUAUUCCCCUUCUCUUUUUCAUCAAAUAGAUCUCUAUCUCUGUGUACUCUGUUCUGCCUCACAAAUCUAAUGUUAUGGGUAAAGAAGUGAGCUUUUAUUAUCGAU